GGCAACACCAGGCCUGGGGGGAGAGGAGGAAGGGAGGGGUCUCUUUCUAGACCUGGGGGAUCUGGGACCAAGAAUUCACAUUUAAAGCAGUGCUUACCCUGAGCGGGACUCGCGGGCCUGCAGGUGGGUGAUUUGUGUCCAGCUGGGACUGCCAGCUCCUCUCCCCGACCAGCCCUGCCUUCCCCCUCUGGACCUAAUGCUGUCCCUGCUGGCUCCCUGGGGCUGACUCAGCACUGCCAGCCUGUGCCUCCUACAGUGGCCUCCCUGGGGGCGGGCAUCUCACGCUUGGCUGGACUGGUUGGUUCCGGGCCUGCCGGGUGCUGCGGGCACUGGGGAUGUCUGUGCGCGUGGGCAUGUGCAUGUGUGUCUGUGCACCCGCCCAGCUGGGCCUGCUUGUGAGUUGCAGGGGGUGGGGGAUGUUGCGGGGCUAGUGUGAGUGCCUGUGACCACGUGUGUAUGUCCUCGUGGCUGUGCAGGGCACAGGCUCACGUGUAUGUACCAGUGUAGUAUGCAUGUACAUGCACGUGCACAUGGCUGCCCUGCACAUGCAUGUGAACACCAAUGCCAGCCGAUUUGGUCACAAAGGCGCCGAUGUGGACACAUGUGAAGGUGUGAGGAUGUUUGGGGUGUCAGUGAGUCUCGCAGGGGGAUAUCAGGCUGGGCCCUGCUUGGCUCCCACCCCCGCAGGCCGAGGGACAGCUCUCAGCCCCUGGAGGCCUGAUGGGGGUGGGUGGGCUGGUGGGUGGCUGAGGCCUUGGUUCCUAUGGAGACGGCAGGAUUCAGGAUGCUCCUAUUCUGGUCCAGAUGGGCUCAGAGCUAGGGGUGGGGAGCCUGCCUGGGGGAGGGGUCAGCUGUAGCUCGCCCCUCCACUGACUCCCCUCCACUGUCCUCCCAGUGCUCAUGCUGGCCCCUUGAUACAUUCCCUGACACCACCCCAAACCCACAGAUUGAUUUUCUGUGUGACCCCAGACUGCUGUUUCUCCCUCUCUGGGCUGUAAGAAGCCUUUCAGCUCAGGAGCUGGGGAAUGUUCAGAAGACCUUUGGCUGGGAAAAGGUCAGGUUGGGGGAAGAGGGUAUUUGGGAGGAAGCACUGGAGGUCCAUCUGAGGUUGGUGCCGCUGGGCUGGAGGAAGAAGGCAGGGUGUGUGUGUGUGUGUGUGCACGCGCGUGCAUAUGUGCACUCUUUCUUAGGGCACAGUGUGGUGAAAGGAGGGAGGAAGGGAGCAACAGGUAUGAGAACCAAACUUUGCAUCCACGAAUGUGGGUGUGUCUUUAUCGGGCAAGUAGAAUCUUUGUUCUCUGCUGGGUAAAGGGAAGUACCCCUGCAGGGGUGUCAGGGCAGAGAUGCUGUGUGUGUGCACCUGUUUCUGGGCUUAUCUUGGUCACCAUCCUUCCUGUGCCUUCCUCCUGCUCACUGUGUGCUUCAAAGCCCCGAGUGCUCUGUCCUCUGCUCACCUCCUGUCUCCUGGCCCCUCUCCCUCCCCCAUUCCCACCGGGCACCUUCCUAUUCCUUCAGCUCACCAAACUCAUUCCUGCUACAGGGCCUUUGCCCAUGCUGUUCCAGACUUCUGGAAUACUUGUCCUUGUCCUCAUUGUCUCUCCCCACUUUGCCUGACUAGCUCCUACAGGAAGCCUUCCCUAAUCCCCUCCGACCCUACCCCCAAGACCCAACCAGGGGCCAUUGAGCUAACCCCAAUCCCAGGACUUCUCCCACCAUGUCCUAAUUGCUGGGAGAGAGCGCCUGCUUGUGGAAGAGGGGGUCUGUGGGGUAAGCAGCCCUGACACCUGUUCCUCUGUUCCCUGGAGCCCAGCACAGGCUGGGCCCAUAGUCCAAGUGAAUGUUUAUGGAGUAAACGAAUGAACAAAUGAAUGAAUGGAAUUGUGUGUGUGUGUGUGUGUGUGUCGGUGACUGUGUGUUUGUAUGACUGUGUGUGUGUCUCUAUGUGUACCUGCCUUGUAUCAUUGUAAGUGUGUGAGAGUGUGUCUCUGGAUCUCUGAGUGUGUCUCUGUGUUCCCGACAUAUGUCUAUUUUCAUAUGUUUUCAUAUGUGUCUGUUUUCUAUGUGUCUAUCUGCAUGUGUCUGGUGUCUGGAUUUCCAAACAUAAAGGUACAUGUUUUUAGGACUUUCUGAGGGUGCAUAUGUGUAUCUGCUUAUGUGUAAAUGUGUCUCUGUCUCUGGCCUCCUUGGUGUAUCUGUGAGCAACUCUGUCUCAGUGUGAAUCCGUGUGUGUGUAUCUGCACAUAUGUUUCUGUGGGUCGCUAUGCGUGUCUGUUGGUCUCUGUGUAUCUGGGACCUUAGGUGUGUAUUGGGGCCCUGUAUGUGGGUGUGUAGGAUCAUGUGUGUGUUUUGUGUAUGUGCCUCUCUGUGUGUGUGUGUGUGUGUGUGUUGAGAUCUCUGGUGUAUGUCUGAUACUCUGGGUAUGUGAGUGUUGGGGUCUGUGUGUGUUUCUAUGCCUGGAUUCAUACAUGCUCCAGUGUCCCUGGGUGAGUACAUAUCUAGGAUCUUGGAGUGGCUGUCCUUGGGUGUGUGUGUGUGUCUGGGCCUCUAACUGGGUUCAUGUGGGGGGUCUCUGAGUGUGUGUGUGUCUGGAUUCCCGUGUGUGUGUGUGUGUGUGUGUGUGUGUGUGUGUGUCUGGGUCUCCAGGUGUCUGCCUCCUGUGUGGCCCGAGGACCCCCAGCCCCCUGCACCUCCUUUUGCAGGACAGCUACUGUCUGGAGGAGCCUGGGCCCCUUCUGGGGGGAGGAGUACACGGUGCACCUGCCUCUGGAUUUCCACCAGCUGGCCUUCUACGUGCUGGAUGAGGACACUGUCGGGCACGACGACAUCAUCGGCAAGAUCUCGCUGAGCAGGGAGGCGAUUACAGCCGACCCCCGAGGGAUUGACAGCUGGAUUAACUUGAGCCGAGUGGACCCAGAUGCAGAAGUGCAGGGUGAGAUCUGCCUGUCAGUGCAGAUGCUGGAGGAUGGGCAGGGCCGCUGCCUUCGCUGCCAUGUGCUUCAGGCCAGAGACCUGGCUCCCAGAGACAUCUCUGGCACAUCUGACCCAUUUGCACGUGUGUUUUGGGGCAGCCAGAGCUUGGAGACCUCAACCAUCAAGAAGACUCGCUUCCCACACUGGGAUGAAGUGCUGGAGCUGCGGGAGAUGCCAGGUGCCCCGUCCCCACUGCGGGUGGAGCUCUGGGACUGGGACAUGGUGGGCAAGAACGACUUCUUGGGCAUGGUGGAGUUCUCUCCAAAGACCCUCCAGCAGAAGCCACCUAACGGCUGGUUCCGCCUCCUGCCCUUUCCCAGAGCCGAGGAGGAUUCUGGGGGGAACCUGGGUGCCCUGCGAGUGAAGGUACGCCUGAUUGAGGACCGCGUCCUGCCCUCCCAGUGCUACCAGCCUCUCAUGGAGCUGCUCAUGGAGUCUGUGCAGGGGCCAGCAGAGGAGGACACUGCUAGCCCCUUGGCUUUGCUGGAAGAGCUGACCUUGGGGGACUGCCGCCAGGACCUUGCCACCAAGCUGGUGAAACUCUUUCUUGGCCGGGGACUGGCUGGGCGCUUUCUGGACUAUCUCACCCGGCGUGAGGUGGCUCGGACCAUGGACCCCAACACCCUCUUCCGUUCUAACUCCCUGGCAUCCAAGUCGAUGGAACAGUUUAUGAAGCUCGUGGGCAUGCCCUACCUGCACGAGGUCCUGAAGCCUGUGAUUAGCCGCGUCUUUGAGGAGAAGAAGUACAUGGAGCUGGAUCCCUGCAAGAUGGACCUGGGCCGCACCCGGAGGAUCUCCUUCAAAGGCGCACUCUCGGAGGAGCAGAUGCGGGAGACCAGCCUGGGGCUGCUGACGGGCUACCUGGGGCCCAUCGUGGACGCCAUCGUGGGCUCCGUGGGGCGCUGCCCGCCCGCCAUGCGCCUCGCCUUCAAGCAGCUGCACCGGCGCGUGGAGGAGCGCUUCCCCCAGGCAGAGCACCAGCAGGAUGUGAAGUACCUGGCCAUCAGUGGAUUUCUCUUCUUGCGAUUCUUCGCGCCUGCCAUCCUUACCCCAAAGCUGUUUGACCUUCGGGACCAACACGCGGACCCCCAGACUAGCCGCUCACUGCUGUUGCUUGCCAAGGCUGUGCAGAGCAUCGGAAACCUGGGCCAGCAGCUGGGCCAAGGCAAGGAACUGUGGAUGGCCCCCCUGCACCCCUUCCUGCUGCAGUGUGUCUCACGUGUGAGAGACUUCCUGGACCGGCUGGUGGAUGUGGAUGGGGAUGAAGAAGCUGGUGUCCCAGCCAGGGCCCUGUUCCCGCCCUCGGCCAUUGUUCGAGAAGGGUAUCUGCUGAAGCGCAAGGAGGAGCCUGCCGGCCUGGCCACGCGCUUUGCCUUCAAGAAGCGCUACGUCUGGCUCAGCGGGGAGACCCUCUCCUUCUCCAAGAGUCCUGAGUGGCAGAUGCGCCACUCCAUCACCGUGUCUCACAUCCGCGCCGUGGAGCGCGUAGACGAGGGCGCCUUCCAACUGCCCCACGUGAUGCAGGUGGUGACGCAGGACGGCACGGGGGCGCUGCACACCACCUACCUCCAGUGCAAGAAUGUGAAUGAGCUCAACCAGUGGCUCUCGGCCUUGCGCAAGGCCAGCGCGCCCAACCCGAACAAGCUGGCCGCCUGCCACCCCGGUGUCUUCCGCAGCGCGCGCUGGACCUGCUGCCUCCAGGCUGAGCGCUCAGCCGCCGGCUGCAGCCGUACACACUCGGCUGUCACCCUGGGGGACUGGAGUGACCCACUGGAUCCUGAUGCUGAAGCCCAGACAGUGUAUCGGCAGCUGCUCCUGGGGCGGGACCAGCUCAGGCUGAAAUUACUGGAGGAUUCUAACAUGGAUACAACUCUGGAGGCAGACACAGGGGCCUGUCCUGAGGUCCUGGCCCGGCAAAGAGCAGCAACUGCCCGCCUGCUGGAGGUGCUCGCAGACCUGGAUCGUGCCCACGAGGAGUUCCAGCAGCAAGAGCGAGGGAAGGCGGCCCUGGGCCCCCUUGGCCCCUAAGGAAAUGCCAGAGCUAGCCCGGAAGGAGGAGCAAGGAGCCAGGGAGCCCUCCUCAGCGCAUCCUGCCCCGGGAGUCUCCUGUCUCCUUGGACCUCUUUGAUUCUGUGGUUUGGAGGCUCCCAGAGACGUGCCUAGUCCUGUGUGCCUUGAGUCCAGAACUCAGGGCAUGGAAGCCCUUUGGCAGGGGCCAGCCUUGCACUGAGUGAAACUUGCCCUCUGGCUUGAUUCAGACUGGAGUGGAUAGGAUAAGGAACCUGACUUAUUUGACUGAGACUGGGGUCUCUACUUCACCAAACUGGCCUCUAUCCAUACCAAGGAGGCCAGCCUGGCCCUGAGCUGCUGGAUACAGCUGGACCUGAAUUCCUGAUGCCCAUGUGAUGUUGUUGCCCCAGAUAGGCACUAAAUGGGCUCACCCCUUCCUGUUUUCAUGUCUGCUAAUCCCUAUAACCUCACUGAUUCUUCUGUACCCUGCCCUUGGCCUAGGACUCCAACCACAAGCUUCCAGAAUCAGGUACCCUCAGGAAGAACCAAGGCUGGGUGGGGGUCCAGUGUGCCAAACUCAGACCCUUGGAGCCUGGGAGACUUGGGCCAGGCUGUUUAUCUCUCUUUGGGUCUCAGAUUACCCUGUAUAAAAAGAGGAGGGAAAGUCUAGAUGUGUGGUUUUCAAAUGGAUUCCAAUGAGGUAGUUCAAGAACAAGGGAGGACUUUCUCUGACUGUGGGCCAAAGACCACCCGCUAGAAUGUCUGCUAGAAAUGCAGAUUUCUGAGGCCCAGCCAGCUACUGACUCAGAAUCUGAGGGUAUAUGAGGGCAAGAAUCAGGGUUAUUUAACAGAUCCCAUAGGUCAUUUGGAUGAGUAUCAGCUUUGAGGACCACAGGCCUGGGGAAUGGGCAAUUUUAUUUUAUUUUGUUUUUAGAGUUGGGGGUCUCACUCUGUUGCCCAGGCUGCAGUACAGUGGCAUGAUCAUAGGUCAAUGCACCCUCAAACUUCUGGACUUCAGUGAUCCUCCCAUGUUAGCCUCCAGAGCAGCUGCGACUACAGGUGCAAGCCAUCACGCCUGGCUAAUUUUUAAAUUUUUGUAGAGAUUGGGGGGGGGGUCUCACUAUGUUGCCCAGGCUGGUCUCAAGCUCCUGGCAUCAAAUGAGCCUCCCGCUUCGGCCUCCUUAGUUGCUGGGAUUACAGGUGUGAGUCAGUGCCUGGCUUGCAAUUUUAUAUGCCAGAGUUUGGGUUGAGGUUUUGUCUGAGAAUGAACCACGGAGUACAAAUGUUUGGGAACAUGUGACUGGCAGAACUGGAAGGGCCUCCAAGGACUCGUUUCCGGUGUUGUGUCACUAGGGGGUGGGACAGAAACCAAAGCCUACCUGGCAGGGGAUCAAGUGGACCAGGAAAGACACGGCGCUAUCCCGAGGGUGGCCAGCAGGGGUUGCCCGAAGCCGCAGCAUCCACCAGAACUACAGGGGCGUCCUGGCAUGUUGCAGAGAGGCUGAUUUAAGGCUGGGGUCCAUCCCUGUUUUUCCCUAGUUAGAACCUGACCCUCCUCCCCAAGGACAGGGUCCUGACAAGCUCUGAGAUCCUGAUGAGCUGAUCACAGUGUCUCCCAGCUCCUCCGUAUUUCCCUCGAGGCUCCCAGCUCUCCGCCCGAGUUCCUUGUUUCUUGUCAUUGUGCCAGGGAGCAGAUGUGUGCAUUGCCUUGUGCUCUUGUGAAAGAGAAGGGCACUUUCACCUCUGCAUUCUUGGAGACUAGGACUAGGAGGGUCUGCCACUGCUUCACCGCCCCCAUCCCUUCCAGCCCGAGGCAAGGACCCUGAAGUCAUUCUCUUGCAAGCCAUCACUCCCCAACGGGCCUGACUGCAGCCCCCAGGAACAGAGCCACCCACCCCUCUCUUGGCAGGAAAAGACCAGGCGAGGAGGAGAAAGAC